CAAUGAUAUGACAAUCCAACAGGGGGCAGCACUACCAGGAAAAGCCAUGUAAGCCAACAUCCAUCCUUCAGCAGAAGAAGGUCACCCGGAUGUUGACGUGCUUCAUCUCCGUGACAGCUAGAAUGGAGCUAGUAUGGGAGGACCCUCCUGUCUCAGAAGCACCAUUCUUCACCAGAGACAUCUAUGAUCGUUAUUCCCUUGCGCCUAAUAUUAGGGAAUUGUGGGCCUCUCUCCAAAGCCCGGCAGAAAAUGUCACCAUAAAACAAGAGUGUGCUGCUCAACCUGGACAAAAUUCCACAAUCAAAGAAUCUGCAGAGUUCAAAGAAGGCACCUGCAUCAGGAAAGGUAACUCCUGCUGGGACUCCAUCGAUACUAAUAAUUCCCUCACAGAUGGUGUGGAGGCAGCCGAGGGAUGUAAGAAAACCAAAAAAGCAAGACUGACUGAGGCAAAUGAUGCUUAUCCUCAACCAAGACUGCCCUUCCCACGCACGUCCAGUUUGACCCGCAAACAGCAGAGUAUAUAUGUUGGAUUUUUGAUGAAUGAAACGUUCAGACCUCCUCCCCAGUACCUCCAGGCCCAAAUAGAUCAAGAAAUUAUGCAAUUCCAGAGAUAUUUACAAGAUGUGUCCAAAAUAUGUGCUGAGGACUACAGCUUCAUCACACAAGGAGCAUUGCAAUAUGCAGAGGAUUUUUUGAGGGCCCGAUUGGAGUGCACUAAAAGGUUCCCUCAACUUUAUCAAAUCCACGAGAUGACCAGUUUGACUGGCGGGACAUUCAACCCAGGACUGUGUCUCGUAUUUGAGAAACAGCUCGUUGUCAUGGGCAGUGUGGAUAUCACAACCCUCAUGAUAGCGCCUUAUGAUGCACAGCUUGCAACGGAUUAUCAGAGUGUUUCAUCAGAAAAUCCUCCAGCCAAAAAAGCUAAGGACAUGCACGCUGCAAUUAGCAGUGAUGAUAAUGCUGAGAAGCUGUGUGCACAUUACAGCCCACAUUUGUGUGUCACCAGAGAGGCGCUGGUAACGCUGUUAGACAACCAUGGCCCUGACUUUGCCCAGAGUUGGGAACUUCCUGUUUGCGUCAAAGUGUCCAAUGGCAAAGGUGCUGCUCAGAAGAAGACUGUUUUUAUAGAAUCACCCCUGAUAAAGGACGAGAUAACCGUGAAAGAGAAGAGCCACAUCUACCAUGAGGAAAGUUUAAAGCUCUCAAUCAUAAAGGAAGAAAACAGAAAUGUGUUCCAUUUAAUGACGGAACUUCCUGCUGAAGACCAGAACUUCUCACAGGGGAGCCACCAAAGAAAUGAGAUGCCCUGCUACAGCGAUAUGUUCAGUUUAGGGGACCUGACCGAGCUGGAGACCUUCGGAGAGCCAUCGGCCCCCAAAACCCCAAAAGUGCAAAAGACACAGAAUGAGCAAAUUGCUUGUGUUCAAAGUGCAAGUUCACCACUGUCACGUAAGCUCAGUGAGUCAGUCUGCCGUAGUCCACAAGAGGAGAUGCACAGUGCGUUGACAGUUCCCAAGCGUUCCCUGGCAACGGAGGAGACAACUCUGACGGUUGCCAUGGAGGGUAAUGAGGCAGAUACUGCUAAAUUGGAGGGUGUGUCUGAUAAAGAAAGUACUGAAGACUGUUCAAGAACAGGAGACUCUGAUGAUGAGAGGCUCGUCAUCGAUGAUACUUCAUCAAAGUCUCAAACUACGCCCCUUAAAAUGCAACCUUCACUUGAGUCCACAUCAGAUCCUUCCCCUAAAAACGCUGCAGCACACAGGCGAAAGUCCAAAGUGGCAAAGACCCCCGCCGACCAUCUUGGUGAGAUCUUGCGCAUGCAGACAGCCAUGUUCAGCUCGGCCAAUAAUACACCAAAAUGCCCCACCGCAUGCCAGGAGACUGUGUCGCCCUCACCAUGUCCCAUACCUGCACAACACUGCUUCCCGCUGUCCCUGGUGAAGCCAUGCGUGACCGCCUACUUGGAGAGAAGCCAGCACGGGAGUGAAGAGGUCUCCGUGACUCCACUUGGGGUCCACACCAGCACCGCAGAGCAGAAAAAAAUAUUGUCUCCAGAGCUGCUGGCUAGCACUGCGGACGAUCAAGCCUUCACAGGCCCAGAGCGAGGCAACCUGCUCUACAAGCUCUACAGCCUUCAGGAUGUACUCAUCAUGGUGCGCACCUCUGUCUCGCUGGCCCAGCACAGGAAAGUCGCCAAUGCAAGCCAGUUUGUUCCAGUGCAUGUGUUGCCCAAGCUGGAAUACCAGCUGUGUCACGGGGUCGAGUGUCUGAGCAGCAGCGAGGCGUGCCAGUUGUGGACAGAGACUGCACUCCACUCCAGCAAUGUUUCCUUCGUAGCUCACAUCAAUCCACACACUUCUAAAGUAAAGCUGCUCAGAAAGCUGCCAGACACGUGGAUACACAACCCCUCCUGUGGGUUCAAGCCAGCAAAGUCACUGAACAUUCUGCACCACCUUGUGAAAAAGCUGACAAAGUUGGAAGAAGGGCAGUACCUGAUCACUCACAAACCUGGGGAGCCUAUUGUGACUUUUUUAAAAGCAGCCGACGGUAAAGCAUGUCGAGAGGCUUACGACCUGCAGAAAGUCCACGGCGAUCUCCCCCAGGCACCGGCUUCUGGCGCGGUACCCUGGAUAGCUGUGGAUCCCACCGUGUUGCUGCCUUUCCACAAGAAGCACAGACGUGUCCCCUGCACCUUCCCACCGCCACCCACGCUGCAGGGUGCAAAACACAGACCCUCGAAGCCUAAAAACAACGCAGAUGGGCCGUCCCAAUCAAGAAAGAAGAAAAAGAAGAAAAAAAACAAGCAGCAGAACAAAAUAGGCUAAAUAUUUGUUUUUAAAUACCCGCAAUUUGUGUUUUUUUUUAAAGAUAUGGGCAUGCAAAACAAUGUACAGCUGCUGAAAUACUUACAGCAAUGCUCUUUGUAUGUUUUGUAAGUUAUUUUGUUUUUGUAUGUCAAUGAAAGAACAAUAAAGUGUUCCUAUAAUGAUGAUGGUGGUUAUAUG